GGAGCGGUGUGUGGGUUGGAAAGGGCGGGAACAGCAGCUGCAGCGCGCGGCGCGCCCGCCAGUGCCAGUAAGCGUCCGCGGCCUGUGGAAGUAUAGGUUCAAGCGGUGCGUUCCCGUCAAGCUUCCUCAGAACUUCACUAGCAGCAGCUGCUUCUUGCUUAGACGUGAUGUUGGGCGUGCGAUAUCAGGCAGCGGUAGCCGUGGUGUGGGCGGCGACGUUGGUGGCGGCCGUGCCCCUCGCUAGCAGACACGAAGUGGGUCUGGACGAGGAGGUGCGGCAGCUGCUAGAUCUGAAGGGCCAGGUAGCUCAGCGUGACCUGCAUCAGCUCAAGACCCACGCAACGCAAGACAACCAGACACACGCUUCCACCUCCUUAGGGAAUGACCGCUUGGGCGGCGGGAUGCGACAGGGGAAGGUAGAUAGCACCCGCGAGGAGGCCUUUCACCUGGUAGACGGUGCCCUCUCUCGCCAGGUCCACGCCGAGGAGCGAGUGUUGGCGAAUGGUGUCCCGGUGAGCCGCCUGAGUAGUGACGUGGAGGAGAGCAAGGAGGCUGGCCACGCCCCGCACUCCCGCACACAGGUGCAGCUUGACGUGCCCUCAGAAAAUCUUCACGAGACUCUUACUGACGAGGAUGGACAUCGCUCACUCUUCAGAGAGGCCCCCAAGACGUCGGGCGUGCGCUACUCCCCCCUGGACCUGGCACUGUACAUCUACAAGACAGGGGACGAGGAGCGAAUCACACUAGCCAUCCAAGAGCUCAUUGCUGAGGGCCUGAUGACGGCUGAGGAGGCUCUAAGUUACCUGCACAGCAUUCGGGAACAUCUGCGGUACCUCACCCAGCAAGACGCCGACGAUAAGAUGGAGUCCCAGCCUGAUCUAGCUGCCGUGGUUAAGAAGAACAGUCUGCCUCUGUCCCUGACGGAGAUGAAUCUAGGGGACCCCGAGGGCAUGCUGGCGCCGGAACCUGACUACGAGGGCCUGAUGGAGCGCCUGCGCGGCCAAGAUGACCAGUAUACGCAGUACUCCCUGGAGGAAGUCAUUUACCAGCUGGCCAAGAUCAUCUUUAAGCAGGCCAUGCACAGAGCACUGCACACGCCUACAGGAGGGGACGAGGGGUCAGAGCGCGCCCUACAGGAAGUGGCGGCGUUGCUGGAGAAGGAGGUGGCGAGGGGCGCCAUCUCCCCACAAGUGGAGAAGAAGUUGCUGGACGUGAUGGUGAACUCUUUAGUGGAUAGUUUGGGCGAGUCUGAACUACCUGCUGCUCCUGGCCCUGUGAUUGGCGGCUCGAGCUUCAGGCUGUCCAGUGAGGGUUCUUUCCCGAUGCGCACCUCUUCUGUGAUGGGUGGGUCUGCUAUGAAACCCAUCAGCAGUUUGUUCCAAGCUUCCAAAGGAACGACGAAGAGAGAGGCUCCUGCAGACAAGAGCGUGGCGAGCCAAAAGGCAGAGUAGGGAGGCGACUCGGAUUUCGGUGUGUGGCCCAGCCUUCAAAAAUAACACUUCUGUUGUGGCCGUUUGACGAUCUCGACUCAAUAUUUUCACGUGUGGCUAGUAGGAUGAAGGCCUCGCGCCCUUCUCUGCACACAACAAGACCUUCUAUAGUCUCUUGAAAGCCCCAGUAUGCCCUGAUAAUCUCUGACAGCCCCUGAUAGCCUCUGGUGGUCCCUGCUCGUCCGGGUCUUUGUGCUGCAGUGGUGCAAAUUAAAUCUGCUUCUUGUGGCACUGUUUAACAAAAUAGUCCUACUAUAUAAAAGAAAUUAUACACAUUCUCUCUCUCUCUCUCUCUCUCUCUCUCUCUCUCUCUCUCUCUCUCUCUCUCUCUCUCUCUCUCUCUCUCUCUCUCUCUCUCUCUCUCUCUCUCUCUCUCUCUCUCUCUCUCUCUCUCUCUCUCUCUCUCUGGAUGUGUUGUGUGCUGGAAAGAGGUCGUAAGGGCGUCUUUUUCACGGCCAUCACUUUAAUUCCGAACUAUAUAUUCCAUACACAUAUCUUACCUUUACAUUAUAUUAUCCUGUGUGAUUGUGUGUCGGUUUGUCUGUACUAUAUCAAGACGUUGUAAACACGUGCAGUACUUCCGUCAUCAUUGCGAUAUAAGUAAGUAAUUUACCUCUCCGAAUCUUGGCCCCAAGUAUUGUGUGUGUUUAUUCUGUGCUACUUGUGUGGGAAACUCCUUCAUUGCAUCUCACUUGUCACCUAUUGACUACUGAAAUAGUUAAAUUCAUCUUGAAUAUGUUUGUGAGUUCAGUUAUAUGAUUCUCUCUCUCUCUCUCUCUCUCUCUCUCUCUCUCUCUCUCUCUCUCUCUCUCUCUCUCUCUCUCUCUCUCUCUCUCUCUCUCUCUCUCUCUCUCUCUCUCUCUCUCUCUCUCUCUCUCUCUCUCUCUCUCUCUCUCUCUCUCUCUCUCUCUCGUCUAACGUACAAGGCACUGUCUAUUACUCAAUGUCACGUCGUUGUAUUUCCAGUUAGGUAAAGGACAAUAUUCUGAAGCAAUUCUGUGCCGCAUCUCUAUUACUUUAUGAAGGAUCUAGUUGAAGUUUCACGGGUUCUUAAGGUUUUUUUUAUGGUUUUAAUGACAGAUUAACAAGAUUUCUACAUUAUUAACUGGAAAAUUCUUUGAGAACCAAGCCUUUGAAAGUAGUCGUGGUGAGAGCGAAGAGUUUCAGAGUUCAUGCCACAUACCCACAGUGCAGUAAUGACUUACAACUCUCCUAUUCGCUUCCUUGAUCCAGAUUAUUUUUAGGCACGGUAGUACCGGCGCUCCUCUGUUCUCUGCUUAUUCAGCAUGCCUGACUGCUUUGUGGUUCUCCCGUAACUUAUGUCGCUCGUAAUGAAUAACUCUUAAUUCUGAGACCAUAUUCGGAAACCCUUUCCUCGCCGCACCUCCACUAUAUUUUCAAAACGCUUUAGUUGAAGCAGCACGGGUUUUUAAGGGGGUUUCUAUGGCUCCAGUGACACAUUAACAAUAUUUCUAUAUGAACAUGAGAAAUACUCUUAUAAACAGUGCUGAUUAUCUUUGCGAACUUUGAGAAUAGUCGUGCAGAGAGCGAAAUGUUUCAGAACACCCACCCUGGAGGUUCUCGUCAGAAGCUUCCUUGAGCUGCGAUGCGGUAACGCUGGUGACAUUGAUAAUGUUUUCAUGGUUACAUUUUCCUCCUGAGGCGACCCUCCAGUAAUAGCCGUCUGUCCACGUUCUGAUCCUCAAUGUUGUCCCGGGACCACAUUUUGAAACACUUCUAUAUCGUACAUCGCUACUUUCAAGAGACUUGCUGAUGUUACAAAGAUUUUUAAAUGUUUUAAGGCUUUUAUGACCCUAGUGAUAGAUUAACUAGACUUCUACAUUAUUAAAAGGAGAGAUAGUUUUGAGAACCCGUCUUGUCAUCUCUGUGGUCUUUGGAAACAGUCAUGGAAACAGAGGGAAGAGUUUCAGAACACUGGUCCUGGUGGUUGCAAAGCUAGCUGGGUGGUCCUUUGUGAUGACUAGCAUAAUGUUGCAGUCCCCAUAGUCUCCUCGGCAUCUUGGUUUUUCCGAUGCAUGUACAUCCACUACACUCAAUCACUGUCAAAAUAUAAGUAGAUAUGACUCCCUCGAUCACUUACGAAGCUUGUAGCAAUAGUAAAGUCGUGCCCGCAGCGUCAGUUGUUGGGAUAGGCUGGUACGGCGUGCCUGGCCUCCUCUUAAGGAUUAGGACGCGGCCUGUUCCAGUGUAAGCAACAUAAUAAUGAUCUGCAGUGUAGCCACGCCUCCCCAUUACUCCCUGGCUUUGCAUGGCUCAUGCCUGUUGUUCUGGAAUAGAUUGCUAGUCUCUGUCCUGCUCGAGGGUCGCCCAGAUGACUGUGAAGGGUUUGUCGCGGAGGAACUUCAAGGCGCCGAGCUCUUCAGAUCAGAUGGACUGGAACUUGUUACAGUGUCACCGAGUGAGCUAUGAUGACUCAAGAAUUGGUGAGAAGAACGGGAGUGCUCACCAAACAAAAACGGAUUGUACAAUUUAUGACGUUAGAUAAAAUGCACGGAAGCAAAGGUGUGACGCGUGUCAACGCAGGCGAGGAAAGGAGGUCUUGAUAUCAAAAGUUUAUGCAAAUGUUGGAGUCUGCGGUUCUUUGGAUCAGAUCGAGGUCAAGCAAGUCAGUUAGUCUGGCGCCUGUAGUCAGCGCGGCUGCCGGGAAGAACGUAUGUUUCCCAAAGAUAUGCAGGUUCGUUAAGCGCCCCUCGACCACUUCACAGGGUUAGGUUAGGCCCGGUCAGGUUGGAUUUGAGAUUGGAACUUCCUGCUGACUUUUCGAGAAAUGCUAUUGAUAGUUAUAGAGCCACAGCCGAGCAUCAUUCCAGGCAGCCAUGAUGAUUCAGUACUCGUGCAGUAAGAAAAAUGUCACUGGGACUUAGCGUUGCUCACCACACAUGACCUCACUGAACACAGAUGUAGCAGCUACCAUGUGAUCCUGCGCAAUGCGUGGUGAUUAUUAUUAUCACACACACACACACACACACACACACACAGCUCUCCCUGGGUCCUCAUCCCCUCUAAGUGGUGCGGUCGGCCAAGCUGCUCGGGGUCACAGUGGACAACCAGCUGACAUGGAAGUUAAACGUUACCACCACUGUGAGGUCGGCUGCCUACAGACUCUACAUGCUGCGCAGACUUAAGUCACUGGGCACACCUACUGAAGAGUUAAAGAGAUAUGCAUCACCUUUUAUCUUGCCCAGACUUAUUUAUGUAUGCCUCACUAGUGUAAUCUUCCUCCCUCAUCUCCACUCAACAGCAACAACUGGAAGAUGUACAAAAGAGGGUAUGCAGGAUCAUCCUUGGCCCUGCCUACACAAAUUACGGUCACGCCCGAACUACCCUAAGUCUCCGUAGACUGGCUGCCAGAUACCGAGAGGCCAUCGUCAGGCUGGGUAGAGGCCAGCUGCGCCACACACGGCUACGACACCUCCCCCGUAACUUCCCCCAACAAACCCACGCCACGCGUCACACCAAUGUGGUCAGGCCUAUUAGGGCCCCGAGGACCGACCGUUACCAACAUAGUGUGAGCUAUAAGCUACUAAGCUAAUGUUCUAAUCUUAAGCCUCCCCCAAUCCCCAUAUGUAUAUUUUCAGUAUAUAAGUACUGCAAUUCCUAAUAAACCGUAUAUUAUU